AUGACCAACAAGCAGCACUCGGAAAAUGAAAUAUGGGACGACUCUGCUCUCGUACAGUCCUGGAAUGAGGCGCUCGAGGAAUACAAGAAAUACCACAGCAUGUCUGCCAGAGGUGAAAGAGUUGAGGAUGUAUUAGAUGUUGUUGAGAAAGAGGAGCAGGCGCAAGUCACUACAAAUCUUAAGAACGAGACCAUCGAUGCACACACUGGUCUUCCACCUUGGGAGAGGAUCGAAGAAGACAAAGGAUUGGCUCCGAAAGCCUCUACAGACUCGACAGAUGUAUCUAUUGGUGCACAGGCAGUCAAUGCUACUGUCCGUUCCACACCACCAGGAGUGUCUCAAGUACUUCUUGACUCUGUUCAAGAUGAGAAUCUCAAGGCGCUCAUGACGUCCUGGUAUUUUGCAGGAUACUACACAGGUCUCUAUGAAGGACAACGAAAGGCCCAGGCCAACCAGGAGCACACAGCCCACUGA